AUGUACGCGCUGCUGUCGCUUCCAGCAAUCGUUGGCACCUCUGCAGACGUCGGACGCCCGAUCGUCUGGAGCAUCGCUGGCUCGGACUCGGGCGGCGGCGCGGGCGUGCAAGCCGACCUGCUGACGUGCCACUCGCUCGGAGCCCACGGCUGCACCGUCGUGACAGCACUCACGGCCCAGAACUCGGUCGGUGUGCGCCACGUCGAGCUGGCGAGCGGCGAUUCGGUGCGCGCUACGCUUCAUGCACUCGCCGCCGACCUCCCGCCGCGGGCGAUCAAGAUCGGCAUGCUCGGCGGUGAAGCGAGCGUACUCGAGGUUGGCGCAUUCCUCGCGGCGGCUGAGGCGGCGACAGAAGAGGCGGGCGGGGCGGAGGGCGCGGCGGCCGGCGCCUAUGCCGCCCGCCCGUUCGCGGCGUCGCCGUCCGUCGUGUGUGACCCCGUCCUCGUCUCGUCGAGUGGCGCCCGGCUGCUCUCCGAGGAGGGCCUCGCCGCGUUGCGCUCAUCGGUCCUUCCGCGGUGCCGGCUGCUCACGCCAAACCUGGCAGAGGCAGAGGCGCUGCUCGAGCGGCGCAUCACGACGGCGGCCGAGGCCGAGGCGGCGGCGGUGGAGCUGCGCCGCCGCGCCGGCUGCGGCGCCGUGCUGCUCAAGGGCGGCCACGCCGCCUACUUUGCGGCCCAAGGGGAGGGCGCUGCCGGCGGCGGCAGAUCGCCGCCUCCGGCGAUGGACGUCCUCGUCGACGGCGGAGCUCCGCCCGUGUGGCGCGAGCGCUCGCCGCAGAGGCGGGCUGCUCGCCGGCUGGACGCGGGCGGCCGAGCGCGCUCUCUGCCGAAUAGGCUGAGCUGCGCGCGCGUCGGAGCGACCGAGGCUGCUGGCGGCGGAUGCCACGGGACGGGGUGCGUCCUCUCGACUGCGAUCGCGGCGAUGCUCGCGCACGGCCACCCGCUCGUCGACUCGGUGGUGCUGGCGAAGGCGUACGUGACGCAAGGCAUGGCCUCCGCCGCCGCCGUGGGCGCCGGCCCCGCGCCCGUCGCCCACACCGGCUGGCCCUCGUCGCCCUCCUCCAUGCCGGUGCUCAGCCGCUCGGCUGCCGCCGCAGCCGCACCGCCGCGGUUCGCGCGGUGCGACGGCGACGCCGCGCGCGGCCUGUACCCCGUGCUCGACUCGAAGGAGUCGGUCGCCGCCGCCGUCGCUGCCGGCGCGCGCGACGUGCAGCUCCGCAUCAAGGGCGCCGGCGCCGCGCGGGUGGCGUCGGAGGUGCGCGGCGCUCAGGCGGCUUGCGCGGCGGCGGGCGCGCGGCUGUGGGUCAACGACUAUGGGCGCAUCGCGGUGUCGGAGGGGGCGUACGGCGUCCACUUGGGGCGAGAGGGGGCCCUCGCGGAGGCUGCCCCCCGAGCGAGCCCCAAGGCCCUCACCCGCGGUGUUGCCGCCCGGCGCCGUAGGCAGGAGGACCUCGCCGCGCUGACCGACAGCGAGGCGGGCAUGGAGGAGCUGCGCGCCCUCUCCGAUGCUGGGGUGCGGCUCGGCGUCUCGACCCACACCUUCGCCGAGCUCGCCGCCGCCCUCGCAGUCGGGCCCUCCUACGUCGCCUUGGGGCCGGUCUUUGCGACCACCUCGAAGCGCGUCGUCGCCGCCGCCGCCGGGCCGGCCGCCGCCGGGCCGGCCGCCGCCGGGCCGGCCGUCGCGGCGGGCGAGGCGCCGUCGCGCGAGGUGGAGCCAAAGGGCCUCGCCGGGGUCGCCCACUGGCGCGCGCUCCUCCCGGGCGACGUGCCGCUCGUCGCAAUCGGUGGCAUCUCGCUCGACGCCGCCCCGAGUGUGCUCGGCGCCGGGGCGCAGGGCCUUGCCGUCAUCGGCGCCCUCACAGGGGCGCCCGACCUCGGCGCGGCGGACGGCCAAAUGGAACUGGGCGUGCGCGACGGGCGUGCGGUCAUCAGCCUUCAGCAUGACGGUGUCGUGAUAGUCCCGCUGCCGAGAGACCAUGGCAAUGAGGAGGAGCUGCGCCGGGACCUGCAGAGAGUCAGCUCAGCGGCGCUUGGAUACGACCAGCCUGUGGAGAUCAAGCCCAUGACCGAUGGGGCUGACCCAAACCCGGUGAGAGGUGACUCUGGAGAAGCAGCCGUGGAGAUGUCGGACGGAGAGGUCCUGAUGACGGCCGACACGACCCGACUGAGCCGAUACAAUGACGAGGUGGCGGCGGCGUACCGGACCACGGUUGCCUUCGAGGAGAUGAUGAGGAACCGGGCGCCCGGCCGAGCCCCCCAGCGACCGACGCUGAUCCUGGCCACGGACACGUCCACGGAGGUGCUGGCCGCGCUCAAGCGGCUCGUCAACGGGUACAGUGUGUCGCCGGCGAAGCUAAUCAUGGACGACGACGACGACCAGAGUGUGGACAUGGACGAGCUCGUGUUCCGACCCAAUCCUGUAGAGCGUCUCGAGCUCAGCCACUCGGACGACGAGGAGUGA